CUUGACCAUCAUGGCCUGAUUUGACCAUACCAUACUAAUCUACCUUCAUCAGCCUGACCAUCACUAGCCAUCUAUCCUACCGGGCUGUUGCGAAUACCGGCUUUUGACCAGAAAACAUAUUCCUUCCACUUUCCGGAGUGUGAAGUCGAUGUUAUGGACCGGUAUCGAAGCUCGCGAAGGUCCCCUCCCCCUCGUGACAGGUACCGAGAACGGGACCAUCAUCCCAACGUCGAAUACUUUGGCGAGGGCGAAAGCUAUCGGCCUGGAGGCGGCAGUUCCGCAAGCAACGAUGCCUCAUAUCGUCCGCCCAACCGAGAUCGACCAAAUCCAGAUUCAUGGUCUGCCGACAGAAGAGACAAUGUCCGUCGAGAUGAAAGAAGAGAAGACAUAGAUUCAUACAUUCCACCCACCAGCGCCAGAGCAACUCGACCAGGCAGUCGAUCGCCUCCUCCCUACCGUCGCCGAUCGCGCACUCCUCCCGGUCGUGGUCGAGAAGACUUGUUCCCGAACAGAAGAUCCCCUCCUCCUCCCCGCCGCUUCUCACCCCGAAGAUCUCCCGUUCGAAGACGAUCACGUUCUUUUGGUCCCAGACAACGCACUCCUCCUGAUACGAAACGAUUUCGAGACUACAGCCCUAACCCAUCAAGACGAUCGCCGAAAAGAGAGAGAAGGAUAUCACCAGAUCGGCCUAGAUUUGACCGUCCCCGAUCGCCUCCUAGGAGAGACCUAAGUCCUGACCGUGAUUCUGGACGAGGAGGAGCACCUUUUCGACCGCGAUCUCGAUCCCCUCCUCGUCGAUUUGACCGUCGCCCACAGGAUGACAACUGGAGACGGAGGUCUCCUUCACCGAGGAACUCCGGCGCGGUUUCCAACACGACAUCUCGCAGAUCAUCUCCGCCACUCCAUCCAGACAGGGCCAGUCUUACUGGCGAGAGGCCAAGAUCACCGCCGCAUCAACCACGAAGCCAUUACGGACCAGCAGACACAUCAAGCCAUCGAGACAGAUCACCCCCACGAGAGUCUGCUGAGCCGCGGCCACGAACCCGAGAUACCAGCCCGCCUUUAGAGGAGCAAACUGUGAGAGACGAGGUAGUCCAACCUCCAGCAGGACCUAGCGGUCGAAAUGGUGUGUACGAUCGGCCACCACCAACUGGUCCAUCCCGUAGUUUCACCCAGUCGCAACCCUCUCCACCAACAGGACCAUCACGAUCUCGACCCACGCCGACAGGACCGUCCCGUGAUUUCACCAGCCCUCCUAUUCGCGGACGUGGAAGCUUGACUUAUCGAGCCAGAGGAGGGCCAGCAUACGGACGAGGUGAAUACAUUUCAAGCCGGGGAGACUACGGAGGUGGUAGUGGCAUCGGUAUCGGUAGCGGCGCCAGUAGUAGCAGUGGAGGAAUGACACGCAGCGAGCGAGACCCUCCAACUGGUCCACGAGGUGAUUUCUCACGAAGUGAAAGUUAUCGAGGUGGCUAUGGACGCGGCGCCGGGGCGGCCGGCUCAGUAGUCUCUCCUGUGACCCCGACUGGCCCAUCUGGCGAUCAGCAAUCCCAGUUUGGAUUCCGCGGCAGUACUGGCGGCAGCGCGACCUACCCACGCACACAACGAUUCAACAGCAUUCAACAACACCUGUCAACCACCGAGAAGCUUGUCCCUGGCGGCAAACUCCUUCCAUCAGGUCUUCCACUGGACCAAGAAAAACGUCUGAAGACACUCGAGGCUGAAGCAGAGAGAAUGCGAGUGGAGAUUGCUGAGAAACAACGGCUCAAGAGAGAAAUGUUGAAUGACUGGGACGUCAGGACCAGAGAGACCGAGCGAGAUACCCUGAGGAGUGAAUUGGCGGAUUCUCAUCUACAGACCUUGAUCGAUGGCGACGAUGGGAUCGGACGGGCUGCAUUCUAGUAGGUUUGGCUCGGGAGGAGAUCAACAUCUGCUCUCUCGAUUAUGGUCUUGGCCAUGAGAUGGGAUUGCCAUCGCAGAUUGUAUUUCAUCAGAUGACAGAAAAUUGGUCGUUCACAUGAGGAAUUUGGCAUAGCGAGGGUGGUCAUGGAAUCGAAAAAUAGCAUUCAGGAAAGACGACCUGAUCGGUUGAAGGAGGGCUUGCAUACGAUACGACGCAUUGCACAAGGUUGCUCUUUCAAAGUCAUCAAGAUACCCACCAACGAAUCGAUGAAAACUUGACCGUCUUCUCCGUUAACAAUAUUGGGAUGAAUCUUCCGGCCAUACUUG